AUGGAUGCUAUUUGUUGUACCAUGGGGUCGAAGAAAAACCUGUGUAACAACGCUAUAUCAUUGUAUAUUGUUUAUAUAAUAUGUAUACCAUUCUUGGUUACUUCCUUCCUGUGGGACCAAACACAGAAAAGUGAUAUUUCAACGGAAACGCAUAACAUGUAUGAAAACUAUGAAAACAUAACUUAUGAUGUUGUAACGACUAAAUCUAACGAACUUAUAGAACUACAAUCAGGGAAGCUACCAGAGUGGCAAAAUAGAAGUCGCUUGAACUUUUCAGAGAUGUCGGACUCGAAAUUCACGCCAUUCCGCCAGGUCAUGACGCAGCUGGAAUAUGAAAUUUUGAUGGGUUUAUUGAGAAAAUUAAAGCAACUCUGUGAUGAAAAUGGUUUAACAUAUAUGUUAUGUGGCGGAUCAGUGCUUGGAACCUACCGACACGCCGGCUUUGUCCCCUGGGAUGAUGACGUCGAUGUUUGGUUGGACUUGAGGCAGAUGGAAAAGGCAAGAACUAUUCUAAACAACACUGCUGGCAUAAUGUUGCACCAGUCGGCGUACACGAAAAAUUUAUGGAAAAUGUCAAACGGGUCGAAGAAACUAAAUAAAACACGGGAAAACCAAGAUCCAAGAUUUCCUUACAUAGAUGUAUAUUUUUUUACUGGCAAUGCAACACAUAUAUAUGAUUCGGAAGACAGUCUAAAAGAAAAAACUACUCUUUUAAUUGAUGAUGUUUUCCCAGUAAGAAAAGUAUUAUACGAGGACGAAGAGUUUUGUGUACCUAACAAAAUGUUGAAAAUGAUAGAAAGGAUGUACGGCAGGUCUGAUAUAUGUACCUCACAGGAUUUUACACAUUUAUUUUAUAUAGAAAUUAAAAAUGUAGUAUCCGUCCCAUGUGAACAUCUAUAUUAUUAUUACCCGUUUGUCACAAGAUCUUACUACAACAGUACGCUAAUAGAAACAUUGGGUUUCUUAAAUAAAACAAUUAGGAAAACGAUUUCAAAUGUUAUAACUGAAAAUGAGCAAACAAACAAAUCUAUGUUACCAUAUAGAAGCUUAGAUACAUGA